GCAAAACGUUUAUGAUAGAAACUUUCUGCUUUAUUGACCGACGAUUACCUCAGAUCUAUUAUUUUUAUAUCAAGUGAUUUCGACUUCAAAACGAGAUAAACUAUCGUUUCUAUUGAUAACCCGACUUCGAAAAGCCCGAGUCCAUCUACUUGAACAUAAACCCAAGCUCCAGCUUUUCUGCGGAGAGCUUUCUUUUCUUUCUCCUUCAACCACCAAACAGACCGCAACCAUGGCGGCCAUCAACCAAAACGAGCGCGAGCUCCCCAUCCGCGAUAAUCCGGACCUCGAGUCCUUCGACAUCGUCAGCGCAUACACCAAGCUCCUGCACGACGACCCAGACCUCACGAUGCCCGUCGCAGCAAUCGAAGCGCUAAUCGAAUGCCUCUCCCAAUCCUCCGCCAAGACCGUCUUUGAGACUAUGGACCUCAUCAAGACGCAAUCGGCGAAGCUGCGUUCCGCGGUGCGCAACCCCGUAGCGUUGACCCACGGCACGGACCUGUUCCAGCAAUACCUCGUCACCUCGCUUAAGCAGCCCGGCCCCGACGGCAAGGAGACUAGCAGUCACGAGAACUUCGAGGUCGUGCGCCAGCACCUCAUGCGCAACGGCCGCCUCUUCGCCUCCCGCGCCAAGCAGGCCCGCGAGCAGAUCGCUACCGUUGGCCGCGAAUAUGUCCGCGAUGACUGCACGAUCCUUACUCAUGGAGGUUCACGUGUCGUUGGUACUCUGCUUGCUCGUGCCGCGGAGUCUAUUCCGGGAGAUGCGAAGAGAAGAUUCAAGGUUAUCCAUGUUGUCAACGAGGCGCGUCGCACGGAGAGCCUCCGCGUCGUCGCUGCCCUUCGCGAAAAGGGCGUCCAGGUCGCUACGAUCCCCGAAUCCGCAGCCGCGUACUCCAUGAGCAAAGUCAACGUCGUGCUCGUCGGCGCCGAAGCCGUAACCGCGAACGGUGGAAUCAUAUCUCGCAUGGGAACGUAUCAGCUGGCUUUGAUCGCCAAGGCGCGAAGAAAGGAGUUCUUUGUUGCUGCCGAGCAGCACAAGUUCGGCCAGACGUUUCCGAUCGAUCAGUUCGAUCUUGGAUUCAACCAGGAUAUCUUCGACUUCCACUCGCGCAAGCAGGAGGAGAGCGAGGAUAAGACCACGUCGCGGCCUAUUGAUGAUCCGGUGGAUUACACGCCACCCGAAUUCAUCUCGUCCAUCCUCUCGGAUAACGGCGUUCUUACACCUUCGGAUGUAGCCAAAAUGGUUAUUGAUCUGAUGUACUGAAGCCUCGCUAAGAUGACGAGAUGAUACCCCGUGGUUUUGUAUUCGGACCACAUCCACACCUGCUCUAUACCCCCCCUUAUGCAUCCAUACAUGUUCAUGUAUGGUGAGAUACAGUUCUCUACAUAGCUUUGGCGGUGAAAAGUCAUACUGACUACCCCAUCAAGUGCAAUAAGAGGGAAUUAUUACCUGCGUUGCUUGGGACUUAGUAGAAUCCUGGCUAGAGGCACUGGAAGAAAUAGUGUCCGUAAUAAGUUGGCCGUAAGAAGUAAGCAAUGGAAGGUAUCUUGAGGAUAAGCAUAACUAAUUGUAGCUUGGCAUAUACUACGGCGCCUAAAACUGAUAAUUGGCGUCAUAAAAGGUGUCGGAUAAACACCUAUAGUAGAAGUUUAGAUAGGCGAUGGGUAUAAAUAUCGCCUAGAAGUCACACAAGGAGUACUUUUGCAUACCCACACGUAUGGGAC